AUGCCCAUCGCUUGCCGUAGCGGUUGUGGCCGCAAUGCGUUUAUGCGAAGACCAAAAACUGGGGAUGUGCUGUGCAAGGAAUGUUUCUUUCUGGCGUUCGAGACGGAAAUACACAACACCAUUCAGCAGGAGCAAUUAUUUCGCUCGGGUCAAAAGGUAGCGAUUGCGGCUAGUGGGGGCAAAGACAGCACAGUUCUCGCCCAUGUGAUGAACCUGUUGAACCAACGGUACAAUUACGGGCUCGAUUUGGUGCUGCUUUCCAUCGACGAAGGAAUAACCGGAUAUCGGGAUGACAGCCUUAAAACGGUGGCACAGAACCGAGACGAUUACGGGAUGCAGUUGCGCGUGCUCUCGUAUCAGGAGCUGUACGGAUGGACGAUGGAUCGUAUAGUGGCGGAGAUAGGCCGUAGCAACAAUUGCACGUUCUGCGGUGUGUUCCGCCGGCAGGCAUUGGACCGUGGGGCACGCUUAAUGGAGGUCGAUUGUGUAGCCACCGGGCACAACGCGGACGACAUUGCGGAAACCGUCAUAAUGAACAUACUGCGCGGAGAUACCGCACGGUUACGCCGCUGUUGCGAUAUCAAAACGGGUUCCAAAGAAGCCGACACAAUUCCGCGUGUGAAACCGCUAAAGUAUAGCUACGAGAAGGAGAUCGUGAUGUACGCACACUUUAAGAAGCUGGUCUACUUUUCGACCGAAUGUGUAUUCGCACCGAACGCUUACCGUGGCCAUGCGCGGGCGUUUUUGAAAGAUCUCGAAAAGGUACGCCCGUCAGCGAUCAUGGACAUCAUUCAUGCGGGUGAGCAGCUACAGAUCAAGGGUACGGUGAAGAAGCCGGUACGCGGGGUUUGUGGUCGGUGCGGGUUCGUCUCGUCACAGCAACCGUGCAAGGCUUGUGUGCUGCUGGAAGGAUUGAACCGUGGUUUGCCUAAACUGGGCAUUGGCAAGAAAUCCAAAGGAGAACGAAUGGUAGCCUUACAAGAGCAACAGUUACGCGAGAAGGCACAUCUUGUAAAGAACGACUUCUGA